ACAUGGUGAAACCAGCGGUGUGUGUUGGAGUGGUUCACAAACCGAAUAAACGAAGUUUUAAACGCCAUUUGCGUACACCCUCCACAGCUGCCAUCAAUUGAUUUGGGCCAGCCAGCGCAUCAAAUAUCUACACAUUUUCCCUCGCAAAAAAAACGUUAAUAGGUGUUAAACGGGGGUGCAAAGGCCCCCCAAAUUGUCAGGUAUCAAAUGUGCAUAUAAACAUGCUACGUGCACAUCAUUUUCUUUCUCGAUUCCAUAUGGCCAAUACGUGCACGCUACUAAGAAUUUUCCUUCUUUGGCAAGGAAGAAAAUACUAAUCAAUUCAUGAUUGAACAUCGUGUGGAGCUGGACUGGAGGUGUCAUUGUUGCCAUCCUGAACCGUGUUGCCAUCCUUUCGGUAUGCGGCAGCACAAAAAUCUAAAGAGACCACGCCUUGACCAUGUCCUCAAUUCCGUCCAUCUUCUCCUCUGUCUUCCCCUUUUCCUUCUAACGACACCAGGAGAGAAAUUUCCUCCUGUGCGCGUGAAACAAUUUUCCUCCUCGCCACGAGAUCAUCUCCAACUCAAUGGAAGACCUAAAAGUUACGGCUUCAUAGUCCCAUCCCACCACGAGGGGCACGGUGGUCGGUGGGUUGAGGGUUCUCAGCUGGCUGGAGACUGGAGCAUAUGUUUUCUUUCAAGUCCAGAGUCAGGGUUUCAUGGGGGAAUCAGACGUGAAGGAACAGCAGCCGAACAGGCUGCAGGAGGAGCUGAGGAAGGAGAAAGAGAAGGCACGCGCCCUAGACGAGAUACAAGACCUGCAAGGCGAACUGGAGGCAGCAAGAGAUUCAGAGAAGAAGAUGCUGCUGUCAUUGCAGGCUCAAACAAAGCAGCUUGAGCAGACCAAAGUAUCCCUGGAAGAGGCCAAGAUUGAGAUAGCUUCGCUACGAGACAGUAGGCAGCCGUUCAAGAAUUUCAGGAGAAGGGGUUUGAUGUCAUUCUCCUUUGCCGACCCUGGCGAGGCGGAGACAUGGUCGCUACAGCGUGAGCUCAGGUUAGCUGUGGAAUCCGAGGAGAAGUGCAACAAGGCCAUGGAUGACUUGGCCAUUGCCUUGACUGAACAAACCACAGAGGCCAGAGAAGCAAAUGUGAAGCUUUCAUUGGCGCAAGCCGAGUUGAAUAAUGCAAGGACCCAAGUGGAGACCUUGAAGGCCUCGCUAGAAAGCACAGAGGGCAAGCUCCAGUUGGCACUGGAAGAGGCAGACCGGCUAAAAGUCGAGUCAGAUGAAUUGGCAGCUGCCUCAAAAGAAAAAGAGAGAGGGCUCGUUGAUUGCAUCAAGAUGUUUGAGGAGGACCUAAGUAAAGGAAAGGAAGAGAACGAUAAGCUGAUUGAAUCACAGAGGGUGACCAGAGAUGAGAAUUCUCGGCUGAGAGAGAUGCUGAAGCAUGCGGUGGGCGAAGCUAAUGUAGCAAGAGAAUCGCUGGAGAUUGCCAGAGUGGAGAAUUCUCGCCUUAACGAAGAGAUGUUUAAGAAAGAGAGUACCUUGCAGAGUAUCAACCAAGAAUAUGAAUCCCUCAAGAUCAGCGAGGCAGCCGCACAGAGUAGCAUUAAAGAAUUGAAGGAUAUGAUUGAUGCUAUGUUCAGUUCUGAGUCGACCAAAACGUCAGCAGAAGCAUCACCUCGUGAGGCCAAGGGAAGCAAGAUGAAGGAAACUUCUGUGGCAGCAGAUUAUGUGUAUUCUGAUGUCGAAAGAUCUACUCGUCUGGACGACAUAAAAAACCCUGGAAAGCAGAAAAAGAAGACAAUUCUCAGAAAAUUUGGUGAAAUAAUGAAGAAAAGAAACUCCUAAAUUGUAAUCUAGUAUUACGAAAGCAGUAUAUCUUCCAUUUUGUUUGUUCAGAUCCCUUGAGCACACAGGACAGCUAGAAUGCCAAGAUUUACAAUGAUG